AUGUUUGAUACAUUCGCAAGGCUCUUAUCUUCGAUCCCUACCUUCCUCUUCCCCGUUUUCGCCUCCUAUAAAGCCCUCAAGACUUCGGACCCCGCCCUUCUCACACCAUGGCUCAUGUACUGGGUCGUACUAGCCUGCGCAUUACUAUUUGAAUCAUGGACUGGAUUCAUUCUAUACUGGAUCCCAUUCUACUCUUGGAUCCGCCUCGGCUUCCUCCUCUACCUCAUCCUCCCGCAGACGCAGGGCGCCAAAGUCCUAUAUCAAGAACACGUCCACCCCUUCCUCCACGAAAAUGAACUCGCUAUUGACGAUUUCAUAUCCUCCGCCCACGACCGUGCCAAAGCAGCCGGCCUAACAUACCUCAAGCAUGGCAUCGAGUUGAUCAAGCAACACUUGCUCGGGAUCCCCCCGAAAGAGCCAGCGCCACCUAGUAGCCCAUCUAAGUUCAGCUAUACUCAAAGCCUCAUGGCACGUUUCAACCUCCCCUCCGCACGCCCAGCCUUCCCUGCAAACGCAGCUAGUACCGCGACGGAUUUCUACACUCUCCUCGCCUCGGCCGUCACAGCAGCCACCGCAACUACCUCCAUAAACCAAGCCCCCGAUCUCUCCAACUCGGGAACCCUGAUCCCCCCCACUGUCCACGGUGAGGACCGCCUAUCGUUCAUCUCAGCACAACGCGAGCGACUCUCCAUCCUGCUCUCAGCUCUCGACAAAGAAGCCAAUACCCUCCAAUCCAGACCCGCCCCAAGACACAUACCCAGCAUAUCCUUUGACGGUACCGGGGGAGGUAGCGAAGAGGAAAUGGCGGAUGACAGGUCGAUGAGUGAGCUUAGAAGUCGGAAGAGCGAGGCUGAUUUUGAGAAGAUCGAAGCAGAGAGCGGCACUGAAGAUGUUGGAAAGCAGAGACAGAGUAGUGGUGGAGGGAGCUGGAUGCCUUGGAGUUGGGGCGCGCAGACGGCAGAGGCGCCGGUUGAUUCUGUGAUAAGUGGAAGUGAAAGUGAACUGGUGAAUAGUGGGAAGAGCUCAGGUGUCGAUGCAUGA